AUGGAGUCGGAACUUGCUCCCAAGUUUGCGCCGUUCAUCGGCAUGGGCGGCAUCGCGGCUGCAAUGAUAUUUGGAUGUAUUGGUGCUGCGUAUGGCACGGCGAAAUCAGGCAUCGGCAUUGCUGGCGUGGGAACCUUUCGGCCGGAUCUCAUCAUGAAGUGUCUGAUCCCCGUCAUCAUGUCCGGUAUUCUGGCGGUUUAUUCGCUUGUCAUUGCAGUUCUCAUCGCCGAAGAUCUUGCGGCUCCUUCAGCGAAGAGUUAUAGUCUAUUUACAGGCUUUAUGCACCUCGGCUGCGGCUUAUCUGUGGGAUUGACUGGACUUACAGCUGGAUACUGUAUCGGUAUUGUUGGCGAUAGCGGUGUCCGUGCUUUUAUGGCACAGUCUAGAAUAUUCGUUGGCAUGGUGUUGAUUCUUAUCUUUGGCGAAGUCCUAGGUCUUUAUGGACUUAUUGUUGCACUUUUGCUCAACACAAAGAGUUGA